AGAAAAUAAAGCUUGAAGAUAGUUUUGACAGUAUUCUAAUAUACAAUGUUUCGUUUGCAGCAAAGAAAUAUAAGUUGGUCUUCUCCGUAUUUCAUCUAUUUAUUCCUUUAUUCGAACAAAAUAGAAUCUCAGAAGAUCUGAUUUUGUCAAAUGGAUGUCGGCAUGUUCAAUAACAUUAAUACCGGAGGCCAGCAGAGAAAAUCAUCAUUAGCAUUGACUUUAGACAGUGCAGAAAAUCAAGACAAGUCUAAUGAUGAUGGAAAAAAGAAGAUGAUGCACAGAGAAAUUGAAAAGAAGCGAAGGCAAGAAAUGGCCGCCCUUUAUGCAUCACUUAGAUCCGUACUCCCUCUCCAAUAUAUCAAGGGAAAGCGUUCGUUGGCGGAACAUAUGAACGAAGCUGUAAAUUAUAUCAAACACCUACAAACGAGGAUCAAACUACUUGGCAGCCGAAGAGAUGAGCUAAUGAUCGGGAUGUCUUCGUUGCCCAGUUUGAGUGCUAGCUCAUCAACUUCUUCAACAAGUCCUCGAGUUGCAGUGCACCCUUGCUUUGGUGGCGUUGAGAUUGUGAUAAGUAGGGGUGGCUCUGUGGAGCAAGGUUUGGUCCUAUCAAGAUUGCUAAAACUACUGCUUGGACAAGGGCUUACUGUAAUCAGCUGUGCUACCACCCAAGUUAACGAAAGGCUUGUCUCCACCAUCCAAUCUGAGGUUAGCGAUCCGGCUUGGGGAGACUUUUCUGGGUUGCAGCAGAUUCUGACUGAAUCAUUGACUAGAUUUUCUAAUUAAGUAACA